UACUUUGCAUCACUUUGGUGUGCAUCGAUUUGGUUACGUUGCAGGUUUUAGUACGAGUUUUCAUUGAUUGUGGUCAAUACGCUCGAUCGGUCGUAGAGAGUGUUUAGUCAAUCUGUCAAAAUGGUGAUUGAUAUUAAAAUGUGCCGCUUUGAAAAUGUGCCCUGGGGCUUUAGUCUCGUCGGCGGUGCGGAUUUCGAAUAUCCAUUAACGGUGGUUAAGGUCACUGAAGGUAGCAUCGCUGAGGAGGCAGGUCUUAUGGUCGGUGAUGUAAUUGUACGCAUUAAUGACACAGCCGUCUCACCUUUAACCCACGAGGAAUCCCACAGAGUUAUAACAGGCUGCGGCAGCGUGUUUUUCCUUGGUGUGCAAAGGGAAAAUGAAGAACAAUAUCUGCAGCUACAAUGCUUUCCCACGACCACAAACGGUGGCAUCUCAACACCUAAAACUUUUCUCGAUGUAACCGCACAACCUCCGGCUUCUAGAAACGGGGUUGAUGUACCAGAGCUUCUGGUGACAGCCACCGAUAAUGUUGUGGAAAUGAGAGCAGCCUCGCCUCUUCCUCAACUUGCAGUGGAGCAUCAUUCGGAAUACGAAUGCGAAGACGAUACCCAUACUCCGAAAGAACCUUUGCAGUUCCAAGCAGUAUCUGAGCAUAUUUCAGCACCGCUAGACUUUGCAGAACAAUCGAUAGUUGCCGAGGAGUCCAAAGUCCUUUACAUGCCUGAGCUAGAAGAGAGGCCCUGCUCUGUUCUUUCUGAGAACAGCGAGCGCAAAUUGGUUGAAGAUGAAAUAGCAGCAGUGCUGUCGGGAGAAACCGAGAUUCUCAAGGAACACAAUACUCUGGGUGUAAAUUUCUAUAGGCUUUUCCCCAAACCAGGAGUUUGCAUGAGCAGCGAUGUGUUGCGCACCCUUAAUGAAGAGGCUACCAAGACUAAACUGGAAAAGGAGCAAGAGAAUCGUAGAUGGACAACAUUUUUACAAAAACCAAAUCGUCCCAUACCAAAGAGCAAACAACAAUUAGAGGCUGAAAGGCGCGCUGCCAAUGCGUACAAGGUGAAGAUAGUCAAGUCGGCACCUAGAUCACGUUCAGUGACACCAGUGCCGCCUGAACCCCAAAAAGAACCUACACCACCACCGGUGCAGCCUGAACCUGAGCCCGAACCGGAGCCAGAACUAGAUACUGAAGCUCCAACACCAAUCGACUCUGAAGUACCAAAUUUGGAGGAAGUGCCCAAAGAUGAAAAUGCAGAGGACGAGGCUGAGAACAUGACUUCCGAUGCAAAGGUAGAGGAAAAAUCCGAUAAGGAAAAAGAACUCACUCCCGAAGCAAAGGAAGUGGAAGAAUCUAACAAUCACCAAUGUGAAAAUCCGGAAAUGGAAACAAACAUGCCUGAGGCUUUAGAGGUAGUGGUUGCAAAAACUGAAGAGGAAUUGGCUUUGGAAAGACAACUCGCUGAUGUUCAAAGGCAGUUGGCUGCUCUCUCUUGCCUUCCCAGCACCAUACAAUCGACCCUAGAUGCGGUCACACGCCAAUUGGCUGAUUUGUUACCCACAUUCAAAUUGCAAGAAGAGAAACAAAAAACCCCCGAAGCACGUGAAAUUAGCUUGGAAGCAGUUGAUGAACAAUCAAACAAUAAAGAUGAUAAAAAUACGGAUAUUAAGCAAAAUGACAACGAAGCUGAAAACUGUCAUGAAUCAGAAGAGAAGAGAGCCAGCCAGAACGCCGUCAGCCAACAGCUCGAGCUGGAUAAUAAAGCCAACGAACAAAUUGCGAAUGACACUAAUGAAGCGCGUGAUACAAUUGACAAGAAUCCAAUUAAGCAACAGGAAGUGACUACCACCUCCACCUAUUCCAUGGCCGAGGAGACCCAGCAGAUGGAGGAUGAGCAAAAAUUAAAAAAACAAAAGAUUGAGCUUUGGAAUCGUUUAUUUAAUGGCGAACAUAUUUCUCGUUCAAUUUUUCGUGAAUAUCAUCGGACUUCUGUAGCCAAGCAAAUACAUGUAGACAGAGUCAACUUCAUGAAGUAUCAAAAACCAGAAAAGAAAAUUGACUUGAAUAGAAGUGAAGUUUACAAAGUAGUCCAUCACUUGGACCGACAACCGAUGCGGGGCAUUGAAGUGCGAGCACCCAUUGUGCCAUCAGAAAUGGAUAUCCGAAAUGCCGCCCACUCCUCCUAGAUUGCACAACCAACAAAAGAAUCUCCACACCAGCACUUACAUGCAAGCAUAAAAAUAAGCAUCUGAACGCAGCAAUGGAGGAAAACUUUCACAAAGCAUAUUUUUAAAGCUGUUUGGAGAUACAAAAAUAUUCAAGCUAAAAUAUUUUUUUGGAAUAGAAAAAUAUAAAAUUUCAAUCUAGUAUUUUUUGUCCUGCCACACUAAUGCCGUUACAGUGCAGUGGGUAAUUAUGUUGUAUAUGCGAUUUUAUAAGAAUUUUCUUACCUACGACCCAUGUCAUAUUUAAAAAUUCAAAAAAAAACGCAUUAUUUUUUAACCUUUCACUUUAA